AUGCAGGAACGCUUCGCUGGAGAAUCUUCGCUUACGGGUUUGUAUGACGAACCGUCAACGACGGGAUUUGGUUUCGAAGCGGUUCCGUCGAUUUUUGACGCAGGUGAUGAGUUUACUUGGGCGCAUUCAGAGGUGGAACACCAGCCAGAAACCUAUUUGCAACUUCGAGUCUUGAAUCAGCAAGCAGUGGAGUACUCAAAUGAACGUCAUGGUGACAGCACUGAGCAGUCACCCCUUUCUGAGGUUGCCGUCAUCGAUGCUGCAAUGACAUGUCGCACGACUACGGAACAAGUCUCAGCAGCUUCGGACGUGAUCACGUCAAGAUCGCCGGGAAAGGAAAAUCGCUUCAAUCCACAUGCGGCUAUCAAGGAAAUAACCGAAGAGCGUUAUAUAGGUUUGUCAGACCAUGCCCUUCCUGCAGCAGUUACAGUCUAG